GGAGGUCAGCGUCAGUGUCAGCAAAGUGAAUGAAAAGUGACGCUAAAAUGAUGAUGCAUCACAAUCAUUUAAGGUUACACCGUUGGUUUGCCUUUUUUAUAUUUAUGUACAUGGACCCCAGAGUAAUUAACCUACCUUUACAUCUUUGCUUCUAUCUUCACCCACAUCACCUCAAUGUAACAAGAAGCUGUCAGCAAUAGCAUGUCUACAACCCUCGAAAAACGCAGGGAGCAGAAUCGUAAAGCUCAAAGAAAGCAUCGAUCAAAAGUACGUGAACUGAUAAAAUCUCGAACGAAUCAAGAUGGGGCUAAAUUGACAGAGGAGGAAAGCGAACAAAGUUUGGUUUCAUCGAGUAUCAUAUUUGGUGACAAUAAUGCAGAGUGCAUACAGUCUUCUCAGAUUUGUUUGCCUAAAUUUCAACUUGCUCAAGCCUUAAGCAAAAAUGCCGAGCGAAUGGGAAUUCCAGAUAGUGUAUUAACAAAUUAUUGGUCAAUAAGCACAAUUCAGCAAGGCUGGGAGAGUAGUCCGAAGAAAGAUCAAACGCAGAUAGUCUCAAAUUUCAUUCCUGCAAACAUUAAUAUCAAACAUUCAAAGACAUGUCUUACCGUCGAAGAUCAUCAGAGUAUCUCUAAUUGGAAAUUCGAUCGAAUACCACAGAACAUGCUACCGACGCCUGCACAGCUUUCAAUCGAACAUCAUCCAUAUAUCGACUGUGUUUUUCCUUGGGCUUCUAUGCGAUCUAAAAUUUUACUCUUGAUGGAAAGCAUUUUUACAGAAGAACAACUUUGUCAAGAAACACUAACUUCCCAUGAACGAUAUGGUGAGCCUGCAUUUACCGUAUGGGGAGAUGAUCCGAUGGACGAAAGUUCUUGGGAAGUUAGUCAAUCCUUUGCGACUAAUUGGUGGUUCCUCUUAGAUCGUCAAAUAAUAAAUCGAACAAAUUGGUGGAGACGUCAACAAGAACGACCAGAGUUGAGCGAGGUUUAUGUAAUGGAUUAAAUGACUGUUCAAUGAGAGUAUACAAUGAUAUUUGUUCGUUUGCACUUGAGUACAUUCACUCUUUCGGUAUUUGCAGCUGAAGCUAUGGAACGUUCCAUCAUAGGCCAUCAGGGAACCGAUUAAGAUCGCAACGCCGAAAUCAGCAGUGAACAAAGAAGCUAGUAAGCCUGUAAAGAUCCACUUUUAUUCAGUUUGAGCAUAUGUUAGGACUCUUUGACCU